AUGGACCCUCAUCACAUCCUCGAAGACCACCGAGUGGCCCAUCCUCAGGACCCUCACCACCCAUCAGAGAAGCCUGUCAUUCACUGCCAUAAAUGUGGAGAGCCGUGCAAAGGGGAAGUGCUUCGGGUCCAGACCAAGCAUUUCCAUAUCAAAUGUUUCACCUGCAAAGUGUGCGGCUGUGACCUGGCCCAAGGGGGCUUCUUCAUAAAGAACGGGGAGUAUCUCUGCACCCUGGACUACCAGAGGAUGUAUGGCACUCGAUGCCAUGGCUGCGGGGAGUUCGUGGAAGGAGAGGUGGUGACCGCCCUGGGCAAGACCUACCAUCCCAACUGCUUUGCCUGCACGAUCUGCAAGCGCCCGUUUCCACCCGGAGACCGAGUCACGUUCAAUGGGAGAGACUGCCUUUGCCAACUCUGCGCACAGCCGAUGUCUUCCAGCCCUAAAGAAGCCUCCUGCUCUGGCAACUGUGCUGGCUGCGGACGAGACAUCAAGAAUGGACAGGCCCUGCUGGCGCUGGAAAAGCAGUGGCACUUGGGUUGCUUUAAGUGCAAGUCCUGCGGGAAAGUCCUCACCGGCGAGUACAUCAGCAAGGACGGUGCUCCGUAUUGUGAAAAGGACUACCAGGGGCUCUUCGGGGUAAAAUGUGAAGCCUGCCACCAGUUCAUCACAGGGAAAGUCCUGGAGGCGGGUGACAAGCAUUACCACCCGAGUUGUGCACGAUGCAGCAGAUGCAACCAGAUGUUCACAGAAGGAGAGGAAAUGUAUCUUCAAGGUUCUACCGUUUGGCAUCCCGACUGUAAGCAAUCAACCAAGACUGAGGAAAAGCUGCGGCCUACCAGGACUUCCUCCGAAAGCAUUUACUCUCGACCAGGCUCCAGCAUUCCUGGCUCCCCGGGUCAUACUAUCUAUGCAAAAGUGGACAAUGAAAUCCUGGAUUACAAGGAUUUAGCGGCCAUUCCCAAGGUCAAGGCCAUUUAUGACAUUGAACGUCCAGAUCUUAUUACCUAUGAGCCUUUCUACUCUUCGGGCUGUGAUGACAAACAGGAGAGGCAGAGCCUGGGGGAGUCUCCAAGGACCUUGUCUCCUACUCCGUCAGCGGAAGGGUACCAGGAUGGGCGGGACCGGAUGAUCCACCGGUCCACCAGCCAGGGCUCCAUCAACUCCCCGGUGUAUAGCCGCCACAGCUACACUCCAACCACGUCUCGCUCUCCUCAGCAUUUUCACAGACCCGGCAAUGAGCCGUCCAGCGGCCGGAACUCCCCUCUCCCUUACCGGCCAGACAGCCGCCCUCUCACUCCAACUUACGCUCAGGCCCCUAAACAUUUCCAUGUUCCAGAUCAAGGGAUCAACAUUUACCGAAAACCACCCAUCUACAAACAGCAUGAUGCAGCUGCCUUGGCAGCCCAGAGCAAAUCUUCAGAAGACAUCAUCAAGUUUUCCAAGUUCCCAGCAGCCCAGGCUCCAGACCCCAGCGAGAUUCCAAAGAUUGAGACGGACCACUGGCCUGGUCCCCCCUCGCUUGCUGCCGUAGGAGCUGACGCGAGGCGCAGAUCCAGCGGCCGAGAGGAAGAGGAUGAAGAGCUUCUGAGACGCCGGCAGCUUCAGGAGGAGCAACUAAUGAAGCUCAACUCGGGCCUUGGCCAGUUGAUCCUGAAAGAAGAGAUGGAGAAGGAGAGGGAGAGCCGCGAGAGGGCCUCCCUGGCCGCCAGUCGCUAUGAUUCCCCCAUCAACUCAGCUUCACAUGCUCUAUCAUCCAAAACCUCAUCUCUCCCAGGCUAUGGAAGAAAUGGGCUUCACCGGCCUGUUUCUACAGACUUUGCUCAGUACAACAGCUACGGAGACGUCAGCGGGGGAGUGCGAGACUACCAGACCCUCCCAGAUGGCCACAUGCCUGGAAUGAGGAUGGACCGGGGGGUCUCCAUGCCCAACAUGUUGGAACCAAAGGCACGUAUAUUUCCAUAUGAAAUGCUGAUGGUAACCAACAGGGGGCGCAACAAAAUCCUAAGAGAUGUGGACAGAACCAGGCUGGAGCGCCACUUAGCCCCAGAAGUGUUUCGGGAAAUCUUCGGAAUGUCCAUCCAGGAGUUUGACAAGUUACCUCUUUGGAGACGCAACGACAUGAAGAAAAAAGCAAAACUCUUCUGA